AGCUCGAAGCAACGGCAGCAACGGUUUGAAGACUGAAGACUGAAGCAACUGAAGACUGAAACUGACUGAAAUCAGUUGGGAGUUUGGUGACAACUGAUAACAGCGUCGAGGUUUUGUCCGCGGCCUUCGAAGGCCGGCGGGCAGUUUUCGCCGAUCUCCGAUACCGAGCGAGGUCUUCGUGUGAUGUCCGUGAAGCCCUUCUUUCCUGCACUGCGUACGACACCGCAUCGGACGAGCUACCUUCCCAAUUGUGCAUCGCGGUCGCCGUCGUCCGUGUAACUACAGUGCCUUGUGUAACUGUCCAGCGCAUCGAGAUCGCAAUGUCGGCGACGCUGAGCCGCGUGAGGCCGGCCGGGCAACGACUCCAGCCGUUGCUCUGCCCGCUCCUGUCGGCUCCAUCAAACAGUUGGCGAGGUAACCGCGCAAAGGCACAAGAGACUGUUCGAGGCGUCACCGACGACCCGACUGCGGUGGUUUUCCAGUACGCCGGUGAGAAGGCCAAGCGUCGGAAGCGAGUCUACAUCUGGGGAAGCUGCCUGACUGGCGCUCUCGGGCACGACCGAAUCGUGCGACCGCGGACCGGGGCUCAGCCGAGGGCUGCCCACGCUAAACCUUACAAGACCCCUUUCGCCGAGGUCUUCAAGGUGGAAGAUGUGGCAUGCGGUUAUGGCUUCACAAUCUUUUCGGCCCUCGAGGACAAAGUCAAGAGCUCACAUCGUGUCUUUGGUACGGGCAUCAACACAGACUUCCAGCUGGGAUACCAGUGUGUCAGGAAAGGACAUCCGCUGGAGGUACUGACAGAGCCGGUGCCGAUUGCCCUCCCCCUGCGCAGUGAGGCUACCCGGAUUGUGAGGGUGGCCUGUGGCCGUUCCCACACUGUGGUGCUGACGGACAGAGAGGGUGCAUUUUCCCUGGGCAACAAUGCUUUUGGCCAGUGUGGGUAUCCUGCACUCCCCAACGAGAAGCGCAAGAACGAGGGCACUGUGUACCGUGUGGAGGGCAUCCCGGACGACGUGGUGGACGUAGCUUGUGGACAAGACCACACGCUCUUCCUGACGUCGUCUGGGAAGGUGUUCAGCUGCGGAUGGGGAGCGGACGGUCAGCUGGGGUUGGGAAAUACGCUGAGUCAAGGCAUGCCGCGGCAGGUGAAGGGGGAUUUGGACGGCCAGAAGAUUGUUCAGCUUGCUGGCAGCGUCGACUGCAUUCUCGCCGUCUCUGAAAGCGGAGACCUGUUUGGCUGGGGCAGUUCUGAAUAUGGCCAGUUUGGAAGACAGACGGACGAGAAGCAGGUGAGCGAGGCACGGCACCUGGGCUUCCCUUACGGCAAGGUGCGCUUCGCUGCCAGUGGGGCAACCAUGUGCGGCGUCGUGAAUGAGGCAGGAGACGUGUAUGUCUGGGGCUACGGACUGCUGGGGCUGGGCCCCGAGGUCAGCUUCCGGUCGAGCCCUACCCUGCUGCCCCGCCCACUCUUCGGCGCCGGCCGCUUCUCGCCGGACGUGCAGGUGGCGCAGCUGUACUGUGGGCUGGGACACUUCGCCGCCGUCACGGACAAAGGCGGCCUGUACACCUGGGGUAAGAACAGGAAUGGCUGCCUGGGGUUGGGCCACCCCCUCGAUCAGCACUUCCCCUUCAGGGUAAGCAUCACAGCAGAAGUGCUCAAGGUCAGCUGUGGGGUGGAUCACAUGGCUGCCCUGUGCAGAUCUUACUGCUGACUGCCAACACAACUACAAUCAGUUCAAACAUCUCCAAGCUCCCACGGUCUUUUAGGUUAAAAAUAAAGGAUGUAUAGUAUGUGUAUAGAAGCUCGUUGCCUCAAGUUUGGAUGGAACACAAAUUUAAACUGGAAUUUGCACACUGCCUCAUCCCUUUUGUGUUCUACAUUUAUAGGGCACUGUUUUUUGGUUAUGUUUAUAAUAAAGGUUUCUAGGUAUGUUUUUAAAAAGA